CCUCCACUCCCCGAUCUUCUCUCUCUCGCAGAAAUGCCCGUGAAUUUUUUUUGCCUCUGCGUCGAAAUGUAAAUACAAGUUUUUGUUCAUAAUGGUGACUUUGUAGGGUUGGCUUUCCUUGAAUUUUACCCAUGGGGUUUAAACCGGGCAUCAGGGACCUGGAGACAGGGCUGCGUCUCUCGGCCAGCACCAGCUGUCUGUCUGACCUGCAGCCUCCGCUUUCUCCGACAACACCGACUUUGGUGCUGUCCAAUUCAGGCAAGACUUUGCUCGUAUCAAAUUCCAGUAAGUCUCUGGUUUUAUCCAAUUCUGGCAAGAGGUUCGAUAAGAAGAAGUAUGUAAAGCAGGUGACGGGCAGACACAAUGACACUGAGCUGCACUUGGCGGCGCAGCGGGGUAAUUUGACAGCUGUUAGACAGAUUUUGGGUGAAAUUGAUGCUCAGAUGGUUGGAACUCUGAGUGGAGCAGAUUUUGAUGCAGAGGUUGCAGAGAUAAGGUCUGCUAUUGUGAAUGAGGUGAAUGAGUUGGGAGAGACGGCAUUGUUUACUGCAGCUGAAAAGGGGCAUUUGGAUAUUGUAACGGAGCUGUUGCAGUAUUCCACAAAUGAGGGCAUGACCAUGAAGAAUAGGUGUGGCUUUGAUCCUUUCCAUAUUGCUGCAAGUCAGGGUCACGAAGCCAUCGUCCAGGUAUUGUUAGAUCAUGAUCCAGCACUGAGUAAAACAGUUGGACAAUCAAAUGCAACUCCUAUUAUUUCUGCUGCUACGAGAGGCCAUAUUGGAAUAGUCAAACUGUUGCUUUCAAGAGAUUGUAGCAUGCUAGAGAUAUCUAGAUCCAACGGAAAAAACGCACUGCAUUUAGCUGCUCGACAAGGGCACGUUGAAAUUGUGAAAGCUUUGCUCAACAAGGAUCCACAACUGGCACGGAGGAAUGAUAAGAAAGGGCAGACAGCACUGCAUAUGGCUGUAAAAGGAACCAGCUGUGAAGUGGUGAAGCUGCUUCUUAAAGCAGAUCCAGCUCUUGUCAUGCUUCCCGACAGGUUCGGCAAUACUGCAUUACAUGUUGCAACCAGGAAAAGAAGGGCAGAGAUUGUCAGUGAGUUAGUACUGCUUCGGGAAACGAAUGUGAAUACAUUGUCUAGAGACCAUAAAACAGCAUACGACAUAGCCGAAGGACUUCCGCUAUCUGAAGAAACCUCAGAGAUUAAAGAAUGCUUGGCACGGUAUGGUGCAGUAAGCGCAAGUGAUCUCAAUCAACCCCGAGAUGAACUAAGACAAACAGUGACAGAGAUAAAGAAAGAUGUCCACAUUCAACUUGAACAAGCUCGCAAGACGAAUAGGAACAUGAAUGGGAUUGCAAAGGAGCUCCGGAAGCUCCAUAGGGCUGGAAUAAACAAUGCGACCAACUCRAUCACAGUGGUUGCCGUGCUCUUUGCAACAGUUGCGUUCGCAGCAAUUUUCACGGUUCCGGGUGGUGAUGAUGAUACUGGAAUGGCUGUGAUGGUUGGCAGUCCAUCAUUCCAAGUGUUCUUCAUUUUCAAUGCCAUCGCUCUGUUCACAUCCUUGGCAGUCGUUGUGGUACAAAUAACAGUUGUUAGAGGAGAGACGAAAUCAGAGAGACGGGUUGUGGAAGUGAUCAAUAAGUUGAUGUGGCUGGCAUCCGUCUGCACUACAAUAGCAUUUGUUUCUUCAUCUUACAUAGUUGUUGGUCGGCGUAACAGGUGGGCAGCGGUUCUCAUUUCCGUCAUCGGUGGCGUGACGAUGGCUGGAAUUCUAGGCGGGAUGACAUACUAUGUGAUCAAGUCGAAACGCAUCCGAAGGGUGCGUAAAAGGAUGAAGCUCAUGAGGAGUGCAAACAAUUCAUGGCGUCACUCAGAGUCGACUGAUUCAGAAGUAAAUCCAAUCUAUGCCAUUUGAUGCCAUCCUAGACUUCGAACACAGUUAUCUCGCGACAUCACCCGCCUUGUUGCAGUUCAGCACCAAGGUACGCGUGCUGUGCCGGGGGACGUAUUACUACUCCCCCGGUUCCAUUUCUAGACCAUCAUUCCCCGUUGAUGGAGACAUGUUUUUGCACAGAUGAUGAAACAUCUGAUCCAAAAGCCAAAUGGGUUAAGAUUUUUUUGGAUGUCUUAGGCGUGUGAAGCGUACGAUUUUGGAGGCUCUGUUGUAUUGAAUCGUCCAAGCCAGCUCCAAAUAUCCACAAUGGUUAAUGCUUAUAUAUUUGCUAAUGUAAUUAAUUACAUAGAGAAUCUUUUACUUAUAUCUAAAGAAAACUAAAAAAAAAAAAAAAUAGUCAAGAGAAAUUGCUUGCUUGUAAAGUGAAAUUUUGUACCUUUGUUUUGCUCUUACUUUCUAUGAAGAAGGAAGUUCUUGAGGAGAGUCA